CAAGAAUGGAUCAGAAUCUAUUUGGUGGGGCUCCACGGUUCCUAACUCGACCCAAGGCCUUCUCGCUGUGUGUGGGACGAGAUGCCUCCCUCAGCUGCACUAUUGUGGGAAACCCUGUUCCUGUGGUCACCUGGGAGAAAGGCAAGAUGCUUCUUUCUGCAGGUGGACGCUUCAAGAAAGUAGAAGAUGGUGACGUUUACCGACUUACCAUCUACGAUCUAACUCUAGAAGACAGCGGUCAGUACAUGUGUCGUGCCAAGAACAAUGUCGGAGAGGCAUAUGCAGCUGUGACCCUGAAGGUGGGACUGCCGGAAACUGUGAUUGAUCGGGCCCCAGUGUUUACAGUAAAGCCUGUCUCCACCCGUGUGGGUCUAGGGGGUGACGUUACCUUCUACUGUCGGGUGGCAGCCCAUCCAGCUCCCAACUUUGACUGGGAAAAGGAUGGUCGCUACCUGGGUGAGACCAACCGCAUCAAGAUAAUCUCGGAAAAUGACUCCAGCUCCUUGAGGAUCCAGAGUGUUAGGAGCUUGGACAGUGGUACCUACACCUGCCGUGCGCAGAACUCCAUUGGCCGUGCUCAGGCCGCUGCUGCUCUGGUGGUCGACCUUCAAGAUACUCGUCUCCUGAAUGCAGACAAGAGCACAUCCCUCCUCUCACACAUGCAGAAGCGGAAAGAAGAAAUGCGGAAGGACAUCUCCUUAUACCGUACCAUGGAAAGUUCCUCAACCACGCUUACAACUUCAUCUUCCAUGAUCACAGAGGAACAUGGAAGCUUGGGACUCGCCUAUGAUCAGGAGCAGAGGGUUUCGGCCUUAACCAGCAUGUUGCCCAAAGGUGUGUUUACCCGCACCUGUACGGUGACCGAGGGUAAACAUGCAAAGCUUAGCUGUUUCGUCACAGGCCAUCCCAAACCUCAGAUUAUCUGGAGGAAGGAUGGGGCGAACAUCAGUGAGGGCCGCAGACAUGUUAUGUAUGAGGACCAGACGGAGAAUUUCAUCCUCAAGGUGCUCUACUGCAAACAAAGUGAUAAUGGGCUGUACACCUGCAAUGCAUCCAACUUGGCUGGACAAACCUAUAGCGCUGUGCAAGUGAUUGUCAAAGCACCAAGGAAACAUCCCCCAGAUCCCCCAGUUGAGCCAGUGGUGCGGAACAAGACAGAUUCAUCGAUCACACUGUGCUGGUCUCCACCAGACAGUGAACGGCCUGUGCCCAUCACCGGCUAUCUCGUUGAGCGCAGGAAGGUGGGAGCCCAAACCUGGGUUAAAGUCACUAGUACGUCUGUGUCUAGCACUGAAUACACCAUCAGUGAAAUUUCAGAAGAAGCAAGCUAUCAGUUCCGCAUCUCAGCGGUCAAUGAUUUUGGUCAGAGUGCCUACUUGGAGGUUCCUGGAACGUUUUACCUUGAGCCCACAGCAUCAGUGAAGACAGGCCUGGUGAACUGCAGUGCACAUGUAGGUGAAGAAGCUACCUUCACUGUUGAGCUCUCAGCCGUAUGUUCCAGCUCCUGGACCAUAAAUGACAGAAUGAUCCGCAGUGGGUCUGAGUAUCUGAUCACACGCUCAAAGACCACACAUACGCUGGUCAUCAGGGAGGUGUCCAUGGAACUAAAUGGAGCACAGGUCAAGUUUGUGGGUGGUGGAUCUCAGAGUGUUUCCACGCUUAGUGUGAAAGCCACACCCGCACGUUUCACCAAUAAGUCUUCUCAGGUGGAGGUGUUUGCUUUCAGCAUGCACUCCUCUGCUCAGAUGUACACAGAAGUGUCCGAUUCAAGCGUCCAGGUUGUUUGGAUGAAGAAUGGGAAGGAGCUGAGGAUGGGUAAAAAAUAUGAAGCCACAAGUAUGGAGCGUAAACGCACACUGACAGUCCACAACGUUGACUGUGAGGAUGUGGGCAUCUAUGAAUGCAUGUGUGAUGGCGAUAAAAUGUCUGUCCAGCUCGCCCUUAAAGAAGAACCAGCUAAGUUUGUUAACAAGCCGAGGGCUCAGCCCCAAGAGAGUGAUGCUCUUGUGGGCGACGUGGUGUUGAGCUGUGAGGUUGGUUCUCCUGGAACUGCUGUUGUGUGGAAGAAAGAACAAUCAGAAAUAAUGGAGGACAAGAGGACAACUUUUAUAUCUCAGGGGACACAAAGGAAGCUGGUCAUCAGGGGUGCCAAGCAGAGCGAUGAAGGACACUACUCGUGUGAGACGGCAGAGGACAAAAUGACAUUCCUGGUCAAGAUAAAAGAAACUCGUGCUGCUUUCUCCAACAAAGACUCUUAUCAGAAGGAGGUGAAGGUUUCAACCUCCCAAAAGGCCACACUGAGCUGUGAAGUUUCUGAUGCCAAAACUGAGGUGAAAUGGUUCAAGGAUGGCAAGCAGUUGAUUUCCAGUAAGACUGUCCACAUGGAGUCAAAGGGCAAGAGCCGUCAGCUGGUGCUGGAGAAUGUGGAAAAGAAGGAUGCUGGAGAAUAUACCUGUGAAGCUGGAAAUGAAAAGCUGGUCUUUAAGAUUCAGGUGGAAGACAUUCAAGCCGCCUUCUCCAACAAAGACUCCUAUCAGAAGGAAGUCAAAGUAGCUGCUUCCCAAAAAGCCACACUGAGCUGUGAAGUUUCUGACCCCAAGACUGAGGUGAAAUGGUUCAAGGAUGACAAGCAGUUGAGCUCCAGUAAGACUGUCCACAUGGAGUCAAAGGGCAAAAGCCGUCAGCUGCUGCUGGAGAACGUGCAGAAGAAGGAUGCUGGAGAAUAUACCUGCGAAAUUGGAAAUGAAAAGCUCAUCUUUAAGAUUUGUGUGGAAGACAUUCAAGCUGCCUUCUCCAACAAGGACUCUUAUCACAAGGAAGUGAAGGUUUCAGCCUCCCAGAAAGCCACACUGAGCUGUGAAGUGUCUGACGUCAAGACUGAGGUGAAAUGGUUCAAGUAUGGCAAGCAGUUGAGCUCCGGUAAGAUUGUCCACAUGGAGUCAAAGGGCAAGAGCCGCCAGCUGGUGCUGGAGAAUGUGGAGAAGAAGGAUUCUGGAGAAUAUACCUGUGAAGCUGGAAAUGAGAAGCUUGCCUUUAAAAUUCAAGUGUCAGACAUUCAAGCUGCCUUCACCAACAAAGACUCCUAUCAGAAGGAAGUCAAAGUAGCAGCUUCCCAGAAGACCACACUGAGCUGUGAAGUUACUGACCUUAAGACUGAGGUGAAAUGGUUCAAGGAUGGCAAGCAACUGAGCUCCAGUAAGACUGUCCUUAUGGAGUCAAAGGGCAAGAGCCGCCAGCUGGUGCUGGAAAAUGUGGAGAAGAAGGAUGCUGGAGAGUACACCUGUGAAGUUGGAAAUGAGAAACUUGCCUUUAAAAUUCAGGUGACAGAUAUUCAAGCUGCCUUCACCAACAAGGACUCUUAUCAGAAGGAAGUCAAAGUAGCUGCUUCCCAAAAAGCCACACUGUGCUGUGAGGUUUCUGACCCCAAGACUGAGGUGAAAUGGUUCAAGGAUGGCAAGCAGUUGAGCUCCAGUAAGACUGUCCACAUAGAAUCAAAGGUCAAGAUCCGUCAGCUGCUGCUGGAGAACGUGGAUAAGAAGGAUGCUGGAGAAUAUACCUGUGAAGUUGGGAACGAAAAGCUGCCAUUUAAGAUUCAGGUGACAGAGCUCAAAGCUGCCUUCACCAACAAAGACUCUUAUCAGAAGGAAGUGAAGGUUUCAGCCUCCCAAAAAGCCACACUGAGCUGUGAAGUUUCUGACCUCAAGACUGAGGUGAAAUGGUUCAAGGAUGGCAAGCAACUGAGCUCCAGUAAGACUGUCCACAUGGAGUCAAAGGGCAAGAGCCGCCAGCUGGUGCUGGAAAAUGUGGAGAAGAAGGAUGCUGGAGAGUACACCUGUGAAGUUGGAAAUGAGAAACUUGCCUUUAAAAUUCAGGUGACAGAGCUCAAAGCUGCCUUCACCAACAAAGACUCUUAUCAGAGGGAAGUGAAGGUUUCAGCCUCCCAAAAAGCCACACUGAGCUGUGAAGUUUCUGACCUCAAGACUGAUGUGAAAUGGUUCAAGGAUGGCAAGCAGUUGAGCUCCAGUAAGACUGUCCACAUGGAGUCAAAGGGCAAGAGCCACCAGCUGGUGCUGGAGAAUGUGGAGAAGAAGGAUGCUGGAGAAUAUACCUGUGAAGUUGGGAAUGAGAAACUUCUCUUUAAGAUUCAGAUGGAAGAUGUUUCUACCAAAUUCCAGAAGACAUCCGUAACAAAAGAAACUGUGAUGGUCGAGUCAACAGAAAAGGUUGUUUUAAAAACCGAGGUGAUGUCAGAGAAUUGUAGUGUUAAGUGGUUCAGGGAUGGAAUAGAACUGAAAGACGGAUCAAAGUAUGAGAUGAAACAGGAAGGUCGCUCACGUGUCCUCAUCGUUAAGUCGUCUGAAUCUAAAGACAGCGGCACCUACUUUUGUCAGACGGCUGAUGACAAGGUUGAGUUCAAGGUUCAGGUCAAAGAUGCACCUUUAAAGUUUGUGGUGCCAUUGCAGCCAGUGUCUGCAGUACUGGAAAGCACCAUGACACUUUCCUGUAGUCUCAACAAAGCCACGAGUAGUGUCCUCUGGAAGCAUAACGGCAAAGAAAUCAAAUCAGGUGGCAGAUUCAGCAUCCGCACUGAUGGCACCAACUGCAUCUUGACUGUCUCCGCUGUGGCUCAGGAGGAUGAAGGGGAGUACAGCUGCGAUUGCAAAGAUGACAAGACCUCCACCAAAGUCACUACUAAAGCCCCACGUCUGGUGAGGUUCACUACCAAGCUGAACAAUGUUGUUGCAAAUGAAGGCAAAGAUGCCAUCUUUAAAUGCUCCGUCACACCAGCCGAUGUAAGUGUCAGAUGGCUGCGUAAUGACAUUCCUAUUACAGCUAGUCCCAAAUUUAAGAUCGCUCAUGGGGGAAGCAGCCAUUCCCUCACCAUCACAGCUGUCACUCAGGAGGAUGCAGGAGAGAUCAGUAUCGAUGCCGAGGGGAAAGUGUGCAAAGCCACACUCCAAGUACAACAUCUUCCCAUCACCUUCAAGAAGAAGCUUGCAGACAUGACUGUUACUGAGCAGGACACAGUUCGUUUGGAAGUGGAGCUGAGUAAACCCUCAAAAGAAGUGAAGUGGAUGAAGAAUGGUGUGGUACUACAGCAAGGAGAAAAUAUGGAGAUCCAUGUAGAUGGUGCCAAGCAGGCUCUGGUCCUCAAGAGUGUGGCGUAUGCUGACAGAGGACAUUAUUCAUGUGAAACCCUAGAUGACAAGACCCAGGCCAAACUGACAGUAGAGAUUAAGAAGAUUAAAAUAGUAAAAGGCCUAAAAGAGAUGAAAGUGCAAGAAAAAGAGACCGUCACUAUGGAGGUGGAGCUAAGCAAGGCUGAUGUAGAAGGUUCCUGGAGCAAAGAUGCAAAGAAACUAAAGGCAGGACCCAAUAUCAUCAUUACAGCACUGGGCAACAAGCACUGCUUGACUAUGUCCCAGCUGAAGAUAAGUGAUGGUGGAACUAUUACUUUCCAAGCUGAGGAUGUCCAUACUUCUGGCAAACUAAUUGUUACAGGAAGAACAUACAUUCUACUCUUCAAAUCUGUUAAGGCUGAGGACGCAGGUGAAAUAAAGUUCACAGCUGAGAAGGCCUCUUCAGCUGCUAAACUGGAGGUUAAAGAACUGCCUGUCAGAUUUGUGAAGAAACUGAGAGACAAAAUCGCCAUGUACAAACACCGCGCAUACUUAGAAUGUCAGGUGUCACGGGCCAACGCUAAAGUCACGUGGUACAAGAACAAGUCAGAGAUCAAACCCAGCAAGAAGCACGAGAUCACCAGUGAGGACAUCUACAGGAAGCUCACCGUCAUCGACGUGGACUCUGAUGAUGAGGAUACAUACGUGUGUGACGCCAUUGAUGAUAAGACUUCAUGUCAGCUACUAGUAGAGGAGCAGGCUAUCAGCAUAGUACGGGAGCUGAGUUCUUUGGAGGUGACCGAGCCGUUUGCUGCCCACUUUGAGGUGGAAGUCAGCGUGGAGACAGUCAAGCCAGUGAAAUGGACGCUAAAUGGGGAACAGCUGAAGGAGAGUGCAGAUAUCGAGAUGGAGAAAGAGGGAACCAUGCACCGACUCACUUUUAAGAAGACCAAGGCCUCCAUGUCAGGCCCAGUACAGUUCACUGCCGGAAAGAGCAAAUCAACAGCUGAGCUCAAAGUGAAAGAGCGUCCCAUUGAAGUCCUAGAGCCUCUUAAAGAUGUGUCAGCCAAGGAGAAGACUUCCACCACGCUAUGCUGCAAGUUCUCUGCCACACCAAAAGAAGUACGGUGGCUUAAGGGUCAAACCGCUUUGGAGGCUUCUAGCAAAUACAGCAUGAAGCAAAAGGACGCCAAUGUGCAGCUGAUCAUACAAGCUUUGAGUGCAGAGGACUCUGGAGAGUAUCGCUGUCAGGUCGGGGUCUGUGAGAGCAAAGCUGUUCUCAAAGUAGAAGUGCGUAAAAUCCAAAUCACCAAACAUUUGACGGACGUGGAGGUGGAUGAAGAUGGUGAUGCUGUGUUCACCUGUGAGGUUAACUAUGCUGAUGAAGAGGUCCAGUGGACACUCAAUGACAAGCCGCUCUUCAACAAUGAGGUCAAUGCCAUCACCCAUGUGGAUAAGACCCAUACGCUCACCCUCAAGAACCUAGCACCUGAGGAUGGUGGGAAGGUCUUAUUCAGCAUCAGGGAUGUGAAAGAAACGGUCUGCCUAAAGGUCAAAGAGAAGAAAGCCAACUUCCUAAAGUUGCUGGAUGAUGUAGUUGCAGAGGAGAAGGGUACAGUUACCCUUAAGUGUGAAGCCUCAAAGCCCAGAGUGGCCCCUGUGUGGCGCAAAGAUGGAACAGUCCUGUCAGCAGGGGAAAAGUAUGAGCUCCUCCAUGAUGGUAAGACCUUGGGACUUACUAUCCAUGAUGUCACACAAGCUGACGCCGGGGAGUACAGCUGUGAUCUUGGCACAGACCUCUCCAAGUCCAAGGUCACUGUUAGAGAUAUCCACAUUGGGAUCACCAAGCGUCUUAAAUCGGUAGAGGCCAAAGCAGGUGAAAACUGCACAUUCGAGUGUAUCUUGUCCCGAGAAAGUUCAGAGAGGUGCACCUGGAGCCUAAAAGGCCAACCUGUCACUGAUGGAGGCCGUUUCCAGAUAAGCAGCAAAGGGCGCAAGUAUACCUUAACAAUCAAAGCUGUCUCAGCUUCUGAUUCCGGUGAGGUGGUCUUCACGCUCAAGGAUUUGAGCUCAAAGGCAACAUUUACUGUUGAGGGUGAAGCUCCUACCAUAUCUAAAGAGCUUCAAGGUGUCAGUGCCAAAAUUGGUGAGGAUGCCACAUUCUCCUGUGAGCUUUCUCAAUCUGGACUGGAAGUGAAGUGGUCAAAGGAUGGCAAAUCUAUUAGAAAAAGCCAGAAAUACGAAAUCAGUCAGGAGCAGACGCUCGUAAAGCUGACAAUCCGCAACGUCACUGAAAAAGAUUCUGGAGAAUACAGCUGUGAGAUCACCGGUGGUCCAACCUCCAAGGCUAAGCUGGAGAUCAAAGAACUGGCCAACAAAUUCAUUCGUGAGCUAAAGGAUGCCACUGCAGAAGAGAAGAGUGCUGUCUCCUUUGAAUGUGAGACAACCCAACCUGCCUCUAAAGUCACCUGGCUGAAAGGAACAAAGGAGAUCAGGGCUGGAGGAAGGUAUGAGCUUAUGCAAAAGGGAACUGUCCUCAUCCUCAAAGUGAAGGAUCUGGAGAAGAGUGACAGCGAGGUAUACACCUGUGACAUUGGCUCUACGAAGAGUACAGCCAAAUUGACGGUGAAAGUGGUACCUGCUAGGUUUAAGGGUCAGAUGAAGAACCAGCAGGUUACUGAAGGUGGGAAAGUCUUACUUUCCUGUGAGCUCUCAAAACCUGGCUGCCAAGUGCAAUGGAAGAAGGGAACGGAAAGUCUGAAACAUGGGGGAAGAUAUCAGAUAAUGCAGAGGGACACCAUGUGUGAGCUACAGAUUUCAGACUUAGUGCCUGAGGACAGUGGAGAAUAUUCCUGUGAUUGUGGAAGCGAAAAAACAACAGCAAAUGUUGUUGUCAGUGCAUUGCCGGCGGUCUUCAAACGUGAGCUACAAAGCCAAGAGUGUGACGAAGGAGACAGUGUUACUCUUCACUGUGAGCUCUCAAAGCGUGGAGUUGCUGUUGUUUGGAAGAAAGGAACGCAGGUGCUGCAAUCUGGGGAAAAGUACCUCAUCAUGCAAGAUGGGGCUACUUUUGAGUUGAAGAUCGCUGACCUCAGACCUGAAGAUGCUGGACAAUACACAUGUGUGUGUGGGGACAAAAAGACUACAGCAAACAUUAAAAUCAAGGCAUUGAUCUUCAAAAGAGAACUACAAAACCAGGAGUGUCAAGAGGCGGACAGUGUUACUCUUCAGUGUGAGCAUUCCAAACCAGGAGUGCCUGUGGUUUGGAGGAAAGGAACACAAGUGAUCCAUUCUGGAGAGAAAUACCACAUAAAGCAAGUUGGUUCUGUUUUUGAACUGAAGAUCCCUGAUGUCAAACCUGAAGAUGCUGGGGUCUAUAGUUGUGAUUGUGGGUUUAGCAAGACCUCAUCUACCAUUACCGUCAAUGCACUACCAGUGGUCUUCACACAUGAGCUGCAAAACCUGGAGUGUGAUGAAGGAGGCAGUGCUACUCUGUCCUGUGAGCUUUCCAAACCUGGUGUCCCUGUGCAGUGGAAAAAAGGAGGCCAUGUUAUUCAGUCUGGAGGAAAGUACGUCAUCAGGCAGAUUGCCUCAAAGGUGGAGCUGAAGAUCACAGAUCUCAAACCUGAAGAUGAAGGAGACUACACGUGUGAAUGUGAAGACAAGGCAACAACAGCCCAUAUGAAGAUCAAGGUUCUGAAGGCACAGACACCCUUAUACCAACCAGGACUUCAAAAGCAGACUACUGAGCAGGGGGCAUCAGUCGAUGCUCUAAAGUUCCUCCAUCCUUCUGCUGCCCUUGAAUCAGACUUCCAGAAGCAGAAGAAAGAGAAACAGUCAGAGCUCAGUGCUCACCCAAUUCAGUUUAUGGAAGUACUGCUAAACCAAGCAUGUGAUGAAGGUGGCACUGUUAUUCUGCGCUGUGAACUCUCAAAACCUGGAGUUCCUGUGAUUUGGAGGAAAGGAACACGGGUGAUCCAUUCUGGUGGAAAGUACAUCAUCAGACAAAUUGGGACUACAGUUGAGUUGAAGAUCAUUGAUGUUAAACCUGAAAAUACUGGAGACUAUGCUUGUGAUUGUGGAGACAACAUCACCACUGCUAACAUUAAAGUCAAUGCAUUACCAGUGGUCUUCAGGCAUGAGCUGCAGAACCAACAGGUUCAAGAGGGGGAAAGAACUACUUUACACUGUGAACUCUCAAAACCUGGAGUUCCUGUGGUUUGGAGAAAAGGAACAGAGGUGAUCAGUUCUGGAGGAAAGUACAUCAUCAAGCAAGUUAGCUCUACUGUUGAGCUGAAGAUCACUGAUGUCAAACCUGAAGAUGCUGGAGACUAUGUUUGUGAUUGCGGAGACAACAUCAGCACUGCUAGUAUCAAAGUCAAUGCAUUACCGGUGGUCUUCAAGCAUGAGUUACAGAACCAAGAGCUUCAAGAAGGGGAAAGUGUUACUUUGCGCUGUGAACUUUCAAAACCUGGAGUUCCUGUGGUUUGGAGAAAAGGAACAGAGGUGAUCAGUUCUGGAGGAAAGUACCUCAUCAAGCAAGUUGGCUCUAAUGUUGAGCUGAAGAUCACUGAUGUCAAACCUGAAGAUGCUGGAGAUUAUGUUUGUGGUUGCGGAGACAGCAUGACAACUGCCAACGUCAAGGUUAACGCUCUUCCAGCCACCUUCACACAAGAGCUAAAAAACCAGACAGCUAUUGAAGGAGAAAGCAUCAUCUUCCAGUGUGAGCUCUCCAAACGUGGAGUUCCUGUUGUUUGGAGGAAAGGGAUGCAGGUGAUCCAUUCUGGAGGAAAGUACCUCAUCAGGCAAGUUGGCUCUACUGUUGAGCUGAAGAUCACUGAUGUCAAACCUGAAGAUGCUGGAGACUAUGCUUGUGAUUGCGGAGGCAGCAUUACCACAGCCAGUGUCAAGGUUAAUGCACUUCCAGCCAUUUUCACACAAGCACUAAAGAACCAGGCAGCUGUUGAGGGAGAGAGCAUCAGCUUCCAGUGUGAGCUCUCCAAAGCAGACAUUCCAGUUGAAUGGCGCAAGGGUGAAAUUGGCCUAUGCCCCAGUGCUAAAUAUGAAUUAAAGCAAGAUGGCCACCGUGCCCAACUGGUCAUACAUGACCUUGAACAUGAGGACUCUGGUGACUAUAUUUGUGACACUGGAGAACGCCAAAGCAUUGCAUAUCUGAAAGUUAAGGCGCUGCCAGUUCUUUUCAAAUCAUCUCUGAAAGAUUUGGAAAGUGAAGCUGGGGAAAAUGCAGUGUUUCGAUGUGAACUUGACAAAGCUGGAGCCAAAGUCAUCUGGAGGAAAGACAAGAGUGUAAUAGAAGCAAGCCACAAAUAUCAGCUGAAGCAAGAUGGGGCUGUUGCUGAGCUUAUCAUUUACAAGCUGCAAGAAGGAGACGCUGGAGAGUACUGCUGUGAAACAGAACAUGAUCGGACAUCUGCCAAACUCACUGUGAAGGAACCUGAAAUCACGAUCUUAACUGGCUUGAAGAGCUGCAUUGUCAAUGAAGGCGAGGACGUUCAUUUCGAAUGCCUUGUCUCUCAUGACAAUGCACUCAUUGUUCAGUGGACGCUACAAGACGUUCCACUACAGAACAAUGAGAUGAAUGAAAUCGGAAUGGAUGGCAAAAGGCACACGCUUACACUAAGAAGGGUCACCCAGAAAGACUCAGGCACAGUGUCCUUCCAUGUGGGUGCACACACUUCUUUUGCUUGUCUUACAGUCAGAGCAGUCCCUGUGCUGUCAUUUGUGAAGGAGUUAACAAGCCAGGAAGUCACAGAGGGAGGCAGUGCCUCAUUAUGUUGUGAAACUUCAAUACCUGAUGCCAGUGUGACCUGGAAGAAGGGUACUCAGGUCCUAUCUGAUGGAAAGAAGUAUUCCAUAAAGAGGGAUGGCACAAUCCAAACCUUGGAAAUCCAUAAGCUAUCAGUGGAUGAUGGUGGCGAGUACAUAUGUGAAGCAGGAGACAAACAAAGCAAAGCUACAUUGACUGUCAAAGAAUGUGUAAAAAUCACAAGAGAAUUAAAGGAUGUGACUGUGAUAACGGGCGAGGAUGCUAUCUUCCAGUGUGAGGUGUCUCAUACAGGGGUUACGAAUGUUGAGUGGUGGCUCGGCUCCAACCACCUUCAAAACAAUGACUUGAAUCAAAUCAGCUGCCGAGGGAGGGAACACAGCCUAGUGCUGAAAAUGGUCACACCCGAUGAUUCAGGUGAUGUAGCCUUUGUGGUUGGCCCUGAGAAGAGUAUCGCCUACCUGUUGGUGCAGGAGAAACCCAAAGUCGUAUUCUUAGAGAAGCCUCUGGACUUAACUACCAAAGAGGGUCAAACAGUCACACUGUCCUGCAUGACUUCCGACCCUGAGGCCUCUGUCACCUGGUACAAAGAUGAAGCGAUGAUAAAGGCUGGGGGGCGGUAUCUGCUCUACAAGGAUAGAGCCGUCCAUCAGCUCCGCAUCCUUAGAGUGGAGGAAGGAGAUGCAGGGUUGUAUACAUGCAAAACCAAAGAUGCAGAAAGCUGUGCCACCCUUACUGUUAAAGGUCAACCUGCAUAUUUCCGGAAGGAGUUAGACAACCAGAAUGCAAUAGAGGGAGAUAGUAUCACCUUGCGCUGUGAGCUUUCUAAGCCGGUUAAAAGUGUAGAGUGGAGAAAGGGUGGAGUGGUGCUCCAACCCAGUAAGAAAUUUGAGAUGAAAAAGGAAGGGUGUGUGCUGGAGCUCCAUGUCCAUGAUCUGGAACCAGAGGACAAUGGCUACUACACUUGUGAUGCUGGAGACCAGUUGACCACAGCAUCAGUCACUGUGCAAGAGGCUGAGGUUCUCAUAGUGUCGGGUAUAAAGAAUACAGAUGUGUUUGUGGGCGAACAGGUAAUUUUCUCCUGCCAGCUCUCUCGCCAUGCCAAAGGCAGAGUUCAGUGGUGGCUAGACGGCACUCGUUUGGAGAACAGUACCUUCAGUGAAAUAAGUGUGGGUGAAGACCAUGUCCACACUCUAACCCUAAGGAACCUUUCUCCCAAUGAUUCGGGUACAGUCCUGUUCAAAACAGGUGGCCUGACGUCCUCCGCCAAGCUAUUAGUGAAAGAUCCCAAUGUGGAAGUGGUCAGUGCCAUGGAGGACCAACAUGUAGCAGAAAACCAGCCUGCAGAGUUCAUCUGUCAGUACUCCCGGCCAGUCAAGGCCGUAUGGAAGCGAAACAGCAUACCUGUGCAAGCAGACGGUCGCAGGGUGAUAGUGGAACAGGACUGGACUGUUGCGCGGUUGUAUAUUAGCUGUGUGGAGCCCCAGGAUGGGGGGAUGUACUCCUGUGAGGCAGAAGGAACCUCUGUUGUGGCACAUCUCAGGGUGCAAGCUAAACCAAUUGACAUUCUUCAAGAGCUGAGUAAUGUGGAGACCAUUAAUGGCGGGGAAGCACUUUUUGAAUGCUCCUUGUCUCGUCCUGAAAACAAAGACUGCCAGUGGUUAAUCGAUGGCAAGCCUGUAAAGGAGUCCGCAAACGUGGAGAUUGUUUCCUUUGAGAGUGGCAGACGCCAUCUUCUGCUUUUAAAGAACUUGCAUCCUUGUGAAAACACAAGGGUUACAUUCCAAGCUGGCACUUCAUCAACUACUGCUCUUCUGUCUGUCAAAACUUGGCAACUGGAGGUGGUCAAGCCUUUGGAAGAUAAGACCGCCAUUGCAGGAGAACAAGUUGAGUUCACUUGUGUUUUGAAUGAAGCUGUGCCUGAGAGUGAAGUGACUUGGUAUGCAAAUGGUGUUGAGCUAAAAUGUAAUGACCAAUGGGCCAUGAGAGCCAGUGGCUCUUCCUACAGCCUAAUUUUGAAAAAAGCCCAGGCUCAGCCCACACAGGAAAUCACAUUUGCAGCCCGGGAUGCCUUAUCAAUUGCCAAACUCAUCACAAUAUCUGUGCCUGAUCCCCCUGAAGACCCAGAGCUGGUUAUUAAAGGUCCAACGUUCGUCACCUUAUCUUGGUUCACGCCCCUAAGUGAUGGAGGAAGCCCAAUCAUUGGUUACCGUGUGGAAAUGCGUCUAGUGGACAGUGUCCUCUGGCUGCCCUGCCACUCAGAACCAGUAUGCAACACUGAAUUUCUGGUUGAAAACCUCAUACCGGGGGAAGGUUACAGGUUCAGAGUGGCAGCCAUCAACCGUGCUGGUAUUGGAGAGCCUGUCCAGCUGCCUCAAACUGUGACACUUGAUGCACAAGUGACCAUGACCAAAAUGUUAAGCAGCUCUAAGAUCCAAAAAGGAAAGAUGGUUCGUUUGGAGUGUGAACUUUCUACAGAGAGCAAGUCAGUCACAUGGCUAAAGGACAACAGAGAGAUAGAUGUUGGGGUCAAGUACCAAAUGGUAACAGAAGGAAAGAGCCAAGUUUUGCUCAUAAAGGAUUUCCAGUCUACAGAUCAGGGUGUCUAUUAUUGUGUAGCCUCAGAAGAGGCAAAGACUUCAAUCAACCUCAACCUCGAAGGAGAUGACACAACACUUUCUCAGGAUGCGGGCAGCCAGCCCAAACUGCCUCCUGAGGCUGCUUCUGAGGGAGAUUUACAUGCUCUAUGGGAUGCAGUGGCCAAGAAGAGGAGAAUGAGUCGGGAACCCACAUUAGAUUCAAUUUCAGAGUUGCCAGAAGAAGAUGGAAAAGAAAAAGCCCAGCGCAAAGAAGGAAAAGUACCUGAAAAGGAAGUGAGACCUAUUGAACCAACUCCCAAGAUCACAGGGGAGCCUAAUCUCUAUACAAGUUCUGAUGAGGAAUCUCUCAGUGGGACAACAAGCUUGGUGUCUUACCUAAAGAAAAGCAGCAAGUCCUCUAUGACUGUGGAAAGUCACACUGAGACUUUCACUGAGACCUCCAAGAAACUGUAUGAGCACUUCCAGAUGACAGAGCAAUCUGUUACAAAGACAUCUGUGGAACCCCUCAUGGAAGCUCAGAAAGGGGAUGAGUUGCAAGAGGCUGUUGUCAAGAUUCAGGCAGCCUUCAAAGGUUAUAAAGCCAGGAAGGACAUGCGACCAGUCUUCAAAGAAGUAUUUAAGGAUCAAACUAAGGAGCCCAAUGGGACAAUUCAUCUCGAGUGCAUUGUGGAGGGUAAGCCGGAUAAAGUUCACUGGCUGAAAGAUGGUGAACCCUUAACAGAUGGCAAGCACUACCAUAUUGACAUCUAUAAUGAUGGCACCUGUUCUCUAGUAGUGACAGCUGCCACAACCAAAGACACAGGUGUAUAUACUUGUGAAGUAACCAAUAAGUUUGGUGUUUCCACCCAUAGUGGCAAAGUCACUAUAGGGUCCCUGCGGGAAUCUUCUGGGCGACGCCCACUCACUCUAGGCUACAGUGCAGAUAGCGAAGCUGAGAGCUCCUCAGGGAGCGAGAUGGAUGAAACUUUACGGCAAGCAAGUAAGCGAUUACGGCGACUUCUUCGUACUCGCCUCCCUCCAGAUGUGGAAGAGGAACCUUUUGUUAGUGCGGAUGAAGGAGAUUUACCGCCACCGGACUUACAGUCUUACCGGGAAGACGAUCAGUAUAUCUACAUCCGUUUUGAUAAUCGUGCAGAAGCUCAAGUAGCUUCCCAGCGCUUCCAGGAAAUGUUUACUUAUCAAGGAGUGCCAAUCGAAAUGGCCAUCAUAGCAGUGGCAGGUGCUAAGGUAGAGCUGCGUAUCACAAAGAUGGGUCUCUCCCAAGAUGGCUCCCAAACCCCAACUCAGGACCGACCGAUGCCUGCUUUCAUGACAGGAGCCCCUGCGGCCGUCUUCCUGACGGAGCUCCGUAGCCAAGAUGUUCCUGAUGGGUUUCCAGUCAGUUUUGACUGUGUAAUUGUUGGCAACCCUCCUCCCACUGUGAGAUGGUUCAAAGAUGGAAAGAUGUUGGAGGAAAACGACCACUACAUGAUCAAUGAAGACCAGGAAGGCCAUCACCAGCUGAUCAUCACAGCUGUGCUGCCCACAGACAUGGGCGUGUACCGAUGCAUGGCUGAAAAUGACAGUGGCAUCGCCUCCAGCAAGGCUGAGCUGAGGGUGGACAUGUCUUGCAGCUCAGACUAUGACACAGCAGCCGAUGCCACAGAGACAUCUUCCUAUGUCAGUGCUAAAGGUUAUGCGUCUAGCUCAGAGCACAGGGACACAGAGGCUUUUGAGUCGGUGGCAGAGGACGAGCAGCUUCCUCAAAUUGUGGAUGAGUUACAUGAUUUAUUCCUCAGUCCCGGAGCACCCAUUGCCAAAAUGAGUGUCAGGGUCAAAGGAUUUCCCACACCAAGGGUUUACUGGUUUAAGGAUGGCACCCCACUCCAAGCCUCCAGCAGAAUUGUACUGUCGACCGAGCGAGAUCAGCACAGUCUUGAGAUUUUAGAUGUUAAGCGCGAGGACACCGGAGAAUACUCAGCAUAUAUUAGCAAUAUAGCUGGCUCUGCCUACUCUUCGGCACGACUGAAUGUACUGGCUCCUGGAGAGCGCCCCGCACCUGAACAGGGACGAAUGAGAGAUUCAAAGGUGCCACUUGUGCCACCACGCUUCCUGGAGAGGUUCAGCAACAAGAAGGUGAAACAGGGAGCAAGUAUAACGCUGUCAGUCAAAGUGGAAGGCUCCCCAAACCCAUCUGUAAACUGGUUAAAGGAAGUGUCAGAUAAAGAUGUUCUGUGGAUAAAGGCAGACACACCAGGUUACAAGGUGGCCAGCUCUGGCCGUCAACAUAGUCUCAUCCUCAUGGAAGUGGAAAAAAAACAUGGCGGCAUGUACACUUGCAUCGCCACCAACCGUGCUGGACAGUCAGUCAACACAGCCCGACUGGAUGUGGAGACAGCACCAGAGCAAAAGAAAGUGGGGCCAGAGGUUCUGGGAAUUACUAUCAGUCCACCAGAGGAAGAGGGCAAAGGAGAGAUCAAACUACCUUCCUUGGGUGAAGUGGGUACAGAGGAGUUCUUACAAAAACUCACAACCCAAAUCACAGAAAUGGUAUCUGCCAGGAUUACUCAAGCUUCAUUACGUGUCCCAGGAGCUGACAGCGAUGAUGAAACAAAAACACAGUCCCCAUCUCCAUAUCACGGCCGAUCACGCCCUCCAUCUCUGAUCGCAGACUCAUCAUCUGAGUCAGAUGAAGGAGAUGCCAGGGGAGAGAUAUUUGAUAUCUAUGUGGUGACCGCUGACUACAACCCCAUGGGAGUCAGCAAAGAUGUCAUCGCUCUGAAAGAGGGCCAGUAUGUGGAGGUUCUGGAUUCUGCCCACCCACUUAAAUGGCUGGUCCGCACCAAGCCCACCAAAUCCAAUCCAUCUCGCCAGGGAUGGGUCUCGCCUGCGUAUCUCGACAAAAGACUGAAGCUGUCUGCAGAUGUUGCAGACCUCCCAGAGACCACCAGAGAAGAAGUCACAAAGACAGAGUACAAGAAAAAACUCUGUCUACUCGUCCAGGAGCUGAUUAGCACAGAAACUGAGUUUCUGAAGGAGAUGGAGUUCUUCGCAUCACACCAUCUGAAUCGUGUGGAUGAAGAGAGCACACCAUCUGAAAUCACCAGCCAGAAGGAAGCCAUCUUCCGUAAUAUCAAUGAUUUGAAAUCCUUCCACAGCAGUACUUUGCUGCCUGGUCUGCGUGAUUGUGACACGGAUGAUGACAUUGCCAUGCAUUUCCUGAGAAACUCUGAAGGGUUUGAGAAAUAUUUGCAGUACCUCAUUGGACAAUUGCAAGCUGAGUCCGUCAUCAGUGAGAAAGAAGUGCACCAAUAUUUCAAGGAUUAUACAGUCUCGGAGUUGGCAAAUGUUGACCCCUCAGAGGGUCCAGUGCUAAGCAUCAACGCUUACCUUCAGAGACCACCGGAGAGAAUUCAGAAGUACAGAGCUUUACUGAAGGAAUUGAUCCGGAACAAGGCGAGGAACGGUCAAAACUGCUGUUUGUUGGAGCAGGCCUAUGCCAUGGUGUCAUCCCUCUCCCAGCGCUCAGAAAACACACACCAUGUCUCUCUCAUAGAGAACUACCCCGCCAAUCUGGAGGCACUGGGAGAACCUAUUAGACAGGGGCCCUUCACUGUUUGGGAAGGAGCUCCUGGAAUUCGAACAUCUUCCAGAGGUCACCACCGCCACAUUUUCCUCUUCAAAAACCAUGUGGUCAUCUGCAAACAGAAGAGAGACACGAACACAGACACCCAAGCAUAUGUGUUCAAGAAUAUGAUGAAGCUUACAAACAUUGAUGUGAAUGAGACGGUGGAGGGUGAUGAAAGAGCGUUUGAGAUCUGGCAUGAGCGUGAGGACUCAGUGAGAAAAUACACGUUGCAGGCACGGACUGUUGUCAUCAAGAACUCAUGGCUCCGCGACCUCCGUGACCUUCAGCAGCGCUACAGCAUGCCAGCAUGGAGCCCUCCAGAUUUUGACGCGGUGUUGACGGACUGCACAGCAGAGCUCGGACAGACAGUAAAGCUCGCCUGCAAGGUCACUGGUGCCCCCAAACCACAGGUCACCUGGUACAAAGACGGGCGUGCCGUGGAAGCGGAUCCUCAUCACAUCAUCAUUGAGGACCCAGACGGCUCUUGCACACUCAUUUUGGACAACAUGACAGCAGACGACUCAGGACAAUACAUGUGCUUCGCCACCAGCUCUGCGGGCAACGCCAGCACACUAGGCAAAAUCACUGUGCAGGUACCUCCACGUUUUGUGAAUAAGAUCCGGAAUGCCACCCUUUAUCCAGGAGAAGAUGCACAGUUCACCUGCACCAUCCAGAGCGCACCGAGUCCCAAGAUAAGAUGGUUUAAGGAUGGUAAACUACUGACAGACCUGGAGAAGUUUCAAACAUACAGUGAACCGCGCAGUGGAGUGUUGGUUCUAGUUAUCAAGAACCCUGGAGAACGAGACCUUGGACACUAUGAGUGUGAGCUGUCAAACCGUCUGGGCAGUGCCAGGUGUGCGGCACAGCUGAUCACUCCUGCUGUGGCAAUGGCGGGAGAACGUAGAGCAGAUCAGGCCAUCAGUAUAGAAGUAACGGAACAAGAGACGAAAAUACCGAAGAAAACCAUAAUUAUUGAGGAGACCAUCACCACAGUGGUGAAGAACACCCGUAUGAAACGGCACGCAUCCCCACGACCAUCGCCCAUGGGAGCUCACCGCUCCGAGACGUCCACACCCGAACAGCCCAGACAGAGACGAACCCUGGCCAGGAAGACUGUACCGACACUGUACGUUCCAGAGCCGGAGGGUGCCACGGCCAGGAACCCAAGAUGGGUAGAAGUCGAAGAGAUAAUCGAGUAUAAAGUGAACAAAUCACCCAAGUUACCAAGAAGAAGAGGCGUUUCCCCCAGCAAGUUCUCACCACCUGGCAAUCCAAACACUAAUAACUCCAACAACAAGUUACUUGAGGAGGCAAUGGGUGCCGCAAUGGCUCUGCAAGGUUCUUCUGGUACGGAUGAAGAGGAAAUUGCACAGAAUGUGUCUGAAGUACCUUCAGAGGUCGACAAUAUGACAACAUACUCAGGAGAAAUGGAUGACCCAUGUGUCUCUGAUGGAGAUGAUGAAGGAACUAUUGUUGUGGAACCUGAAGUUGACGAACUUGAUGCUCGAGACCGCAAAAUGCUGACUGAUGGGAAUCGAGUUCUUACUCUUGAAGAUCUCGAGGACUACGUCCCUCAGGAAGGGGAAACUUUUGGCAGCGGUACAGACCAGCAUGUCCUCGUCGAGAAACCAAGUGAGAUCUCAGUGUUGCAGAGAGAAAUUAACGAGCCUGUCAUUGGCAAACCCAUUGUGUUGAACGUGGUACGUCCGGUGCCACCAGCAAAGCCUCGCAUGGGAUUCUUUGGGUCCUUCAAGGAUCACAUUUCCAGCAUGUUUAGUCCAGGUUCAUCGGCGAGCGGCAGCUCUCAGGCAAGGCGAGAGAAAACCAUACCUAUUCAUGUGACGGGACAACCUUCAUCCAACUAUUCACGCCAUACCAGUAGCUUUGCGAGGCUUGAAGUCCAGCCGACGUACUGCUCCGAGGUCCAGAGAGGAAAGGAAGGAGGUCUGCAGAGCUUCAAAACACAGGUUUCCGCACAAACCCGCAGCUACACGCCAACCGGACAGGUCACUCUUCAGAUCAGCAAGAAGAAGCCAUUUGAAAAGCAGUAACCGAGAGGAAACCACUCAGGAUAGAUUCUCUGAUGCUUGUUUCCAGCAUGCAAAAUCAGGAACAUACAAGUAGGCCUAGUCUUAAAUGGGAACGCUUCUGUAAAAUCUUGCGAUCUGGGAGUGUAAUUCAAUAGUGAAGCUUCUUCUAACAGCAGAUCAUUCCAUGUUGAGGCAAAGGAUUCGCUUGCCAAACUCAAUGACCUAAUGAAGACUUUCUAAUUUCUUGAGUUCCCGUGAGCAAAUGUGCAGCUGUGCUUCGGAACGGCAAGUCUGAUACAACAUGAAUGUGCAAAUAUGGACAGUAAAGCUGUCUUUCGUCUAAAGCAGGGGUGUCCAGUCCUGGCCCUGGAGGACCAACGUCCUGCAGAGUUUAGCUUCAACCA